CACCUUUUUGUAGGACUCGUUGCCUUAUAUGCUCUGCAGUGGCUGAUCCGGUGUAUUCCCUGUGGAAUAGUUGGUCAGACUUAGUCUUUGGUCCACAGCACCGCAGACCAACGAUGGAGAGACCGUUCCUCUUGCUGAUUUUCAUAGUCUUUCGCGCUGGUUAUGUUCUCGAUUCCAUGCUGCAGGUACAAGCUAUGCGCCCCCCUGGUCCUCCCGGUCCACUUCCGCAGGAUGAAUUUACAGACCGUAGGAACUUCAUUUCAGAGGUGCUACGGAAUGACCAGUGCGCAUAUGAGCCAAGACCCUGGUGUCGGACCGAAACCCGGCAACACGUGAACCGACAAGGGUCUCUUGAUUGUCGGUUUGCAAUGGCUGCCUUCAAGGAACUCCCAAUGGCGGAGCGGAGCCCGUGUCUAAACGUCGUGGGUAGCGGGUGCGUUGAAGGAGAAUGCCACUGGGUUGUGGAGUAUCCGCCGCCGAUGCAGGCGCCACCCAACCGCCCAGCCGGCCGCGGCAGCCUCAGGCGGAUGUCCUCCAUGCGUCAACCACCCGUGAGAGUGUGGAAGAGCUUGCGAUAUUGCACUGUGGCCGUUGGCAGGCCACUCGGACAUCUCGGCAGUAGGAUGUAGAUGUAAGUCUAGGCGCUCGGAGAAGAAACGACCUCGCUCAUUCCAACUAGAGCACCGAAAUGGGAAGAGCAUGGACAUGUCGAUAAUUUUGAGAUUAAGUCAUGGGUCGUUUUGGGCAGAGACAAAAGACCCUCCACUAGUAUCUUGAACAAAGACGUGAAGACGGAGCACUCGUAUCUACUAACACGGGGGAGAAGCGAUGUAGCCACGGCGCUGUGCGUCUGUGUGAGUGUGUAAAUAAGCGCGGGGACCCAUAGCGGCAAAAGGAAAUUUUACUUGAACUUGUCCUCUUGAUUUUUGCGAAGGUCUUGCUCUAAACUCGUUUUAAAUGCCUAAAACGGACAAAUGAAUCAAGUUCGGAAGGUGACUCUUUAUAAUAAACCUACUUUGGUUCGGUAACAAGCAAGGAUCUCAGAUAAAAAUAGUUUUUCUUUUGCUCAUGGUGGUCCUACCGGUUCAACAAUUGAGCACAGGGGAGAAUUUCAUGAGCGCCGCCUCCCGCGGCGCAGUAUAGUCCAAAACUCAAGAAUAGGAAGAAAUAGGUCGGAUAAUAACUGAAAGAUCACGUAAGAUUCGUGAAUGAUGUUUUUUGAGUCGCUGAUUUCGAAUUUGAUGUCAAAUUGCCUACAUUUAA